UAAGAAGCGGGGAGAAGCAAAAUAAAUAAACAAAUAAAUAUAAAAAAGGCAGCCAGUCCGUACAGCUGACCCGCCACUGGAAGGGCAGCAGGACAAGGGGGAGCGGACAUGGGUGAAAGAUUCGUGGUAGUUCCAGUUGACGCUUCAGGGACUGGCGCCAGAGAGGCAGAGCGCUCGGACUCUAUCGUACCCGACCCGGCAUCAGACACCGGCGGCAGCGGCGGCAGCAACGGCUGCGCGGGCACAGCCGGGGCGCAGGAGCCGCUGGAGGACUCGGUGUUCGAGCCCCAGGACCCCGACGUGGCGGUGCCUAUUCUGAAGUACAGCAGGGAGCCUAAUAAGUACGGUGAUGGUGUCCCAAAGGAAAACAGUCCUUUCAUCAAUAACACGGAUCAUGAUAAAGGCAACAACUACGAUGGCACCAACAUGGCGCUGUUUGAGGAAGAGAUGGAUAGCAACCCCAUGGUGUCGUCCCUUCUCAAUAAACUGGCUAACUACACCAACCUCUCCCAGGGAGCCUUUGAGCACGAGGAGGCUGAAGAUGAGGGGCCAAAGAAGAAAGCUGUUAAGAGCCCUCAAAUGGGGACCUUCAUGGGUGUUUACCUCCCUUGCCUCCAAAACAUUCUGGGGGUCAUCCUGUUUCUGCGCCUUACGUGGAUUGUCGGCACAGCCGGCAUCUUGGARUCCCUGGUUAUUGUCGGCUUAUGCUGUUCAUGUACUAUGCUGACAGCCAUAUCCAUGAGUGCCAUUGCAACUAAUGGUGUUGUACCAGCUGGAGGCUCGUACUAUAUGAUAUCCAGAUCUUUGGGCCCAGAGUUCGGUGGAGCAGUGGGUCUGUGUUUCUACCUUGGGACGACGUUUGCUGGUUCUAUGUACAUCCUGGGUACAAUUGAGAUUCUGCUGACCUACAUUGUGCCUAAAGCAGCCAUCUUUGAGGCAGAACGAAAGGAGGAUGAAGCUGGCGCUCUCCUGAACAACAUGCGUGUUUAUGGCACGUUAUGCCUGAUACUCAUGGCAAUAGUUGUAUUCGUUGGAGUCAAAUAUGUAAACAAACUAGCACUUGUCUUCCUGGCUUGUGUGAUUCUCUCCAUUCUUGCCAUUUACGCCGGAGUCAUCAAGACCAUCUUUGACCCGCCAGAUUUUCCUGUUUGCAUGCUGGGGAAUCGCACUCUGCAGAACCAGAAUUUUGACAAGUGUCUAAAGACUGAGAUUAUAGGCAAUGAGACAGUCACGACCAAAGUUUGGAGGCUGUUCUGUGAUGGACCUGAGCUCAAUGCCACCUGUGACGAGUAUUUUGUCAACAAUAACAUAACUCUGAUACAGGGCAUCCCGGGUCUGACUAGUGGAGUCAUUUCAGAAAACAUGUGGUCCAAGUACGGCCCUCUUAAUAUGUUGGUAGAAAACAARAAGUUGUCCUCUUUUGGUGAAAGUGACCCUGCUCAGGACAUGUACCGACCCUAUGUGGUCAACGACAUCACCACAUUCUUCACACUGCUGGUUGGCAUCUACUUCCCCUCUGUCACUGGUAUUAUGGCUGGUUCUAACCGGUCAGGUGACUUGAGAGAUGCGCAGAAAUCCAUCCCUAUUGGAACCAUUCUUGCUAUCGCAACUACUUCCUUCAUCUACAUCUCCAGUGUGGUUUUGUUUGGUGCCUGUAUUGAGGGAGUCCUCCUUCGAGACAAGUUUGGUGACUCUGUGAAAGGGAACCUUGUUAUAGGCACUCUGUCCUGGCCCUCACCCUGGGUCAUUGUGAUUGGUUCAUUCUUCUCCUGCUGUGGGGCAGGUCUGCAGAGUUUGACCGGCGCCCCUCGUCUGCUGCAAGCUAUUGCACGCGAUGGCAUUGUCCCUUUCUUACAGGUGUUUGGUCAUGGGAAAGCUAAUGGAGAACCUACGUAUGCUCUGCUGCUGACUGCUGGGAUCUGUGAGAUUGGCAUCCUCAUCGCCUCAUUGGACUCCGUGGCUCCUAUUCUUUCCAUGUUUUUCCUCAUGUGCUACCUGUUCGUCAACUUGGCCUGCGCUCUUCAGACCCUGCUGAGAACGCCCAACUGGAGACCACGCUUCAAAUACUACCACUGGGCCCUGUCCUUCCUGGGAAUGAGCUUGUGUCUUGCCAUCAUGUUCAUUUCCUCCUGGUAUUAUGCUAUUAUUGCCGUGCUCAUCGCACUCUGCAUCUACAAGUAUAUCGAGUACAGAGGACCUCAGUUAUUGGUGCUUCUGAACCUGGAUUCAGAUCAAGCAGUCAAACACCCUCGUCUGCUGUCCUUCACCACUCAGCUGAAGGCGGGGAAAGGCCUGACGAUCGUGGGGAAUGUUAUAGAGGGAACCUACCUCACAAAGGAAGCUGAGGCCAAGAAGGCUGAGCAGAACAUCAAGGCUGUCAUGGCAGCCGAGCGUACCAAGGGCUUCUGUCAUGUUGUGGUGUCUUCGAACCUAAGAGAUGGCGUCUCUCACCUCAUCCAGGCUGCAGGGUUGGGAGGGAUGAAGCACAACACAGUCCUGAUGAGCUGGCCUGGAACGUGGAGGCAGGCCAAUGACCCGCAGUCAUGGAGAAACUUCAUAGAGACAGUCCGUGAGACCACAGCAGCCCAUCAGGCCUUACUUGUGGCUAAAAACGUGGACAGUUUUCCCACCAACCAAGACCGCCUGGGGGAGGGCACCAUUGAUGUGUGGUGGGUGGUUCAUGACGGAGGCAUGUUGAUGUUGCUGCCCUUCCUGCUGCGACAGCAUAAGGUGUGGAGAAAAUGUAAGAUGCGCAUCUUCACUGUAGCCCAGAUGGAYGACAACAGCAUUCAAAUGAAGAAAGACCUCCAGAUGUUCCUUUAUCACCUACGACUUGAUGCUGAGGUGGAAGUAGUAGAGAUGCAUGAUAAUGACAUCUCAGCCUUCACUUAUGAGAAAACGCUGGUGAUGGAGCAGAGGUCCCAAAUGCUGAAACAGAUGCACCUUUCCAAGACUGAGAGAGAAAGAGAGAUUCAGAGUAUCACCGACGAGUCGCGUAGCUCAAUCCGGAGGAAGAACCAGGACGCUGCCGAGAACUUGAACCUGAGCCGGCAGUCCUCAUCGAUGGAGGACAACCAGGAGGACGAGGCUCAGCUCAUCCAUGACAGGAACACGGCCUCUCAUGCCGCUGUAAAUGACAAGGCUGACACCACGCUCGAUCAGGUGCACAUGACCUGGACUAAAGACAAGCUCCUCACCGAGCGCAACCGCACCCGAGAGGCCAACGCCAGUGUGGCGGUCCGCGACCUCUUCAGCAUGAAACCAGAGUGGGAGAAUCUGAACCAGUCGAAUGUUCGCCGCAUGCACACAGCUGUCAAGCUGAACGAGGUGGUGGUCAACAAGUCCCAGGGGGCUCAUCUGGUCCUGCUCAAUAUGCCAGGACCACCAAAAAACAAAGGAGGAGACGAAAACUACAUGGAGUUCCUGGAGGUUCUSCUCGAGGGUCUCAACCGAGUCCUCCUGGUGCGAGGCGGUGGCAGAGAAGUGAUCACUAUCUACUUUUAAUUUUAUUUUUUWAAAAUCCUAUAACAAACUCCUCCUGUCCGUCACUGCACUCAUGGACAUGCUGCCAUGAAUACCAGUCACCAGGUAUUUUUUGGAGUGAAGAAACCCAAUUUUUAUUUUAUUUUUUUAAUGAAGGGUAGGGGUUCACCUGGGACUGACGGGUGGUCUGAAAGGAGUCAGAAGACAACGGUGUGACUGGCUGAAAAAUAAAAACUGAAACACGUGGAUGUGGGCCACAGAACCCCUACACAGGAAGACUGAGACACUUUAUUUGUCGUUUAACCUAAACGCUCUCAUCCGUCUUUAUGUUCUUUCCUUCAAGUGUUGAUGUCGUUCAGUUACUGGGUGUGAAGGUCAGCAGAGAAGAAGUGAAUGUCUUGAUUUGAAGCUUGUUGUCGGUACGUUCAGCUCUGGACCUGACAGAAACCUGCACCCGCCUGCAGAAUGGAUCGGAGGUGGGGAAACUGUUGUUUUCAGAGCCCGAAAGCAAAGCGGGUGUUUAUUUUUUAAUGUCAGUAACGUAACGCAAAUAGUUUCGACUUCUCUUUGUUAAUGUUUAAAUCCAAGAGCUGUUUGGCAGCAUACAUUAGUGAAUUAUUUCAAUAGAUUGGCUCCAAGAUUUACGUAUUUUAGAAUAGUUGGCAAUAACAACUGAUGUAAAAGGACAAUUUGACUUGAGGGAAUUGGUGUAUUUUUCUCCCCCCAUACUGUUAAAGCACUGUAAACUUUGCACAGUUUUAGCACUUAUUUGCUUGUGGGCUUUUACUUUUUGUUUUGAGCCACUAAGGACUCGUUUGUCAGCACCACUAAAUUCUUCCAGAAACCUAGAAGAAUGCAAAUAGCGAACGCUUCUUCUUCUUUUUUUUGUGUGUGUGUGUGUGUUUUUAUUGUUUUACUCAGCUAAAAUGUUUGGCUUUCAGUCCCAGACUACGUAGAUGAAUGGAUACGUAGGAGAAAAAAGGAAAAACAAAGUGCCAAAAUGACCACAAAGAAACUGUGGAAGUAUGAUUAUUGCAUCUCAUCGCAAAGCCAUAUUGAUUUUUAGAUGAUAUUUAAUCUUUGGAAACGUUUCAUCUAUUAGUUCUUUUUUUUAUUUAUUGAUGGCGCUGCUCAUUUCUGCCAGAGGAUUUAAAUUAAAUGUCUAAAUGAGGAAAGUGUUUUUUUUUUUUGUUUUGUUUUUUGUUGUUGUUUUGCGUUUCAGAGUGGCAGAGAGUCAGGGAUGUUGGAAAGAUAAGAGGAUGUCUGCCCUUUAUGUGUACCUCCACAGUUUCUUCUCCUGACUAGUUAUUCUGUUGUUGUUGUUGUUCUCUUUUUUUUUUUCAUAUUUUCCUGCUGUUCUGUGAGGACAAAUAUGGGCUUGUGAAAUUCAAUUAUGAAACGUGUCUGUUAUUGUUGCGUUCAGUUGUUGUUUGUUAUUGUUCUUUACUUUGUAGUGUUUGUAACGAUAUGACUGAUCUGUUAUUUGAAGUGUACAUUUCCAGUGUGAGUUUUACAAAAGGAGGAGGGGUUCUGUGCGACAACAGAGGUUGUCCAGUUUGCUCGUUUAUUGUUGUUUUCCUCCCAACCCACAAGUAACAACUGGAUCAUCAUUCAUCAUCUGGACUGAAACAAAUAGAUGGAGCCACCCGCUGAAAACUAACGGAGGGAAAUCUGUCAACACAUGAAGUUCAAUGUUACUGUUUAUUUCAUUUUUUUUUCUUAGCUACCAAAGAUAAAACAGGAGAUCUCCAUAAAAACCAAAAUCGUUUGAAUUGCAAAAGUGUGACAGUUGUAACAAAUGAUUCAAUAAAGAAGGUUCUUGUUGUUUUUAA